AGAAAAGUCAGCUGAGAAACACUUCUUAGAUCUUUCAACUGAGAAUGGCAAAUUACAAUGAUGACUUGAAUGACUACAGUGAUGAUGAUUACAAUGAUACUUAUGAUUACGAUGUGGAUUGUUCCAACCAAAGCCUUCCUGCAUCGUACAUCUAUGUGCCCAUGCUGUAUUUUAUUUUCUUCUUCAUAGGUUUUGUGGGAAACCUCUUUGUGAUUUUAGUUAUAGGCAGCAGGGGCAAGACGGGCAGCCGGCUGGUGGAUACAUUCGUGGUCAACCUGGCACUAGCUGACCUCGUGUUUGUGCUGACCCUCCCUUUCUGGGCCAUCUCUGCCAGUCAGCACGGUCACUGGAACUUUGGAGACAUAUCCUGCAAGCUGAGCAGCUACAUCAUUGCUGUCAACCGCUUCGCCAACAUAUUCUUUCUGACCUGCAUGAGUGUGGACCGCUACCUGGCUGUGGUGAGACUCAUGGAUUCACGGUUCCUCAGAAGCAAAGUUUGCAUACACAUCACUUGUGCAGUGAUCUGGUUGACCUCACUUGUUAUGGGCACUCCCUCAUUGAUUUACCGUAAAGCAAAGACCUUUGAUGAUGAACCUUUCUGUGUAGACGACAAUGUCUCAAUUCUGUUUCUGGGCCUGAGUCUCACUACAGUGUUUGUGACAUUUGCUCUGCCAGUGCUGAUAAUUCUUUUCUGCUAUGGCUCUGUUGUUGCCCGCCUGCGCCAGCCCUGUGCUGCCUCAAGUAACCCCCGCGCUGAGGCCCGACGACGGCACUCCCUCAAGAUGGUUCUUACCAUCAUAGUGUUCUUUAUGGUGUCUUGGCUGCCCUUCAACAUUUUCAAGACCAUCAGCAUAUGUUUUCAUCUGGCUAAAGAUAAAGCUGAUCUGAGCUGUUCUCAGUCAGUAGUGAAUCAAGGACUGGUUCUCUCAAGCUGCCUUGCCUUCCUCAAUAGCUGUGUAAACCCUGCCAUCUACUUUUUCCUAGACCACCAUUUCAAACGGCAGGCAAAGAAUCUGUACUUAAUAUGCAUUAGAAGGCGUGGAAUGCAUCAAGGCUAUAACUCAUCAAAUUCACUGACCAACAAUCUCACCUCAGAAAGCUACGGGACAAGUGCCUCGAGGACUCGACUUCAGUCACUUGAUAGAAAACUCUGAUCCAAUUUCAAAUUUAAAGCAAAUUAAUAAAGGGUUAAAGCUUACAAUUAAGGUACCAUUUUUUAUAUUUUAAAACAUAUAGAGUAUCGUUUUUUUGUGCAAUUAAUUGUUCAAUAUGCAUUGGAUUUACAUUUAAAAAAUAUGUGACAAAUUACUGACUUUAAUUCAAUGUAGGCCUAUGUAUAUAAUGAUUAGUGUAUAAUUUAAAUGUUUUAAAUAACUAUACCUUUUUAGAGAUGUAUAAAAUAUUGAUAAUUGGUUAAUGUGUUUUUUUAUGGGGAGUAACUUUAUGUUGACAGUAUUAUUAUUAUGUGUAUAUGAUAAAAGUUGAAUUUACAAAAUAAUUUAUUACAUUUUAAAAAUUACAUUAUUUUAUUCAUUCAUACGUUUAGUCUAGACAUUAUAGGAAUCAGGAUACCAUUGUAAGAAAUGAUUAUUUUGAGGAAUAAUUAUCUAUCCAACACACAAUUCACAUACCUUAAUUCUGUAAAACAUGAAUUUUUCUUUUGGCAAAUUAUCUUAAUUUUGACACUCACCAAUAAGUACUUUUCCCUGCUUCCUUGUAAUAUUGCUUGGUUGCAGUGUACUCUUUACAGGUGAUAUUGCUUCAGUACAAUUGAUUAAGCAUGUACAUGAAAAGAGAAUACAACUUAACUAGACAGAAUAUUCACAUGUGAAUCUUUCAGGCAGAGCUAUAACCUGAAAGUUCAAAUAUUCAUUUGUGCCCACAUGGUUUUGGAUUACUAUUGCGCUAUGAAUCACUAGUUUCAAAACAGCCUGACAAGCUUGGGGCACAUGCCAGUUUUAGGAACAUGUUGUCGACCAAGUUCCAUUUUAGACAUUAGUGUUACUUAGAGAUUUGUAUUAAAAUAAAGCCAUGUAUUGACAAUAUUCUGUACACCUGUCUUUAACUUUCCAUUCCUGCAGGUUAAUUAACAAU